AUGCAGACGGUACGCAAGUCAGGUGGAGAGCAAGGGAGAAGGUCAAAGGGUGUGCAUCGGAGUGGGGAGGGGGCGGAUAAAUGGCCAAGGGAGUGUGCAGUGAUGCAUUCUGGGAGGUCCAAGGGAAGAGGAACGGCUGAAGAGGCACCGAUGUCAAAGCUCUCUCUGAGCCCUGGGCUGGCCUACGCAGGGCACUGCCAGCGAUCCUGGAGCGGGGUGACCGGCCGGGCACGUGGGCGUCCACACGGGGCAGAGAAUGGGGAAGAGACCAGGGUAGAACAAAGCCACCUUCCUGUUUGCCCGCCGAGCUGGUUUUCGCGCGCAUGUGCCCCUCCUCUGGGCGUAGAGACGCCGCUCCGACAUCCCGCCUGGGCCCGAGGGUCGGCCAUUUUGGUCUGGAAUGAGGAGGAUCGCUCCGCCCCUCGACAGGCCAACUGGAUGUCAACGUUCGGAAUUUCCGAGCCUGUGAAAGACGAUAUCUGCGAUUUGUGCAAGAAGUUCGUUGGGGUUGUGGCUGACAUGGUGAAGGACAAAACUGUGCAGGAACCGGAUGCGUUGUGCGCUGCCCUCGGCCUGUGCAAAUCCCUGAAGGAAGGAUCUCUCCACGCCAAAGCAAAGACGGGCGUGGACAAUUUCUCACCAAAGUCCAACGAAGUCUGGAAACGCAUCAGGGUGCCCUUCCCCAAAGACAGAUACACAUGUGACUCCUGUGUCCUCGUUGUGAAGAAGCUGCAACGACUACUUCCUGAGGAGAAAACGGAGGCUGCCAUCGCCACGCUGCCCCAACAGGUCUGCUCCCGACUGACGGGCAAAUACCUGGCAAAGUGUCGCGGUUUUAUGGAACGGUUCGGGGAUACUGCUGUCGAUCUGCUGUUUCGGGAAGUGCAGCCCGGUGCUGUGUGUGAGGCUCUCCACGUUUGUUCCACCGUGGACUCGAAGGAACCGUCCCUGCCUAUCGUGUCCUGUGAUAUGUGUGAGGAGGUCGCCCGUCAGUUCAAGGUAGCUCAGACCAAAGGCACAAGAACAGACCUCGUGCUGCGGGAAGCCUGCAACCCGUUUUCGGACAUCUCGAAUUUUGUGUGCGAAGAAUUUGUCUACACCCACGUCCCUCUGCUGACCACUGUUCCGGAGUAUCCCGAGGAUUACGAUCUGUGUGGGGCUCUGCACAUCUGCACGAGGAAAGUGGACGCGCAUUUCGACAGAAUCCGCCAACCAGUAUAAAACUGUCGAACGGUGAGAGAGGCAGGACAUGAACUGAAGGCCAGCCCGCAAAUUUAUAUUGGGGAAAAAAAAAAUCCUCUUGCAUUGCUUAGAAAUUUAAUUCCAGAUCAGCGCGCACUCUCUCUGAAUGCUGGGAGCGACUCAGCAGGUCUGUGAGCAUUUGUGGAGAGAGAGGGGCAAAACAGUCAAUGUUUCAAGUCGAAAUAUUUCAAACUCUUACGGUUUGCUGCAGGUGUUUGAGAAUGAGAGUGGAGGGAGAAUGAGAGAGUUUUAGCAUUCAGCCGAAGCCCUGUUUGCCUCCAUGACAAUCGGCGCAGCUUAGAGAAGCAGUUCAUUGUCUCAGAAUGAUUCCAAAUUCGAGCUGGAGGUCUGACGAGGCACUGUCAGUUUAGGUCUUCCUUCUUCCAAUCGCUACUGUCAAUGAUUUCCGCCAACUUAGCUACUAGAUGUUGCCAAGACAACAACACUGUUAGGACCUACACAAGUUUGUUGAUUCAACGCAGCCGGGGGGGGGGAAAUAAUGCAGCUUUCACAACAGAAGAAAAAGGCCAUGGUGACAGGAUUCGAUCUGAUCGAUGUGACAGGAUUCGAUCUGAUCGAUGUGACAGGAUUCGAUCUGAUCGACGUCAAUCUGAAUUCAACACCUCUCAUUACUCCUCCCUUUGUCCUCUGGAGCUGAUUACAAGUUGACCUUAAAAAUGCGCUUUAAAACCUUGAUUUGCUUGCUUAAUAAACGCUUUUUUUUUUACUAACA